CGCGGCGGGGCCCGGGCAGGGCGGCGCACGCGCGGCGGGGCCCGGAACGGGCGGCCGGGCUGGCGCCGGGGUGAGUGCCGCGCUGGGGCUGCGGCAGCGCCGGGGCAGGGGCGGGAUGAGCCCUGCGGAGUGAACGCAGCUCUGCCUGACGUCCCGCGCCGCUCUCGGCUCCUCCGCUCUGCUCACCUCCGCUCUGGCUUCAGGCCCCUUCUCUCUUCGCUGCGGCGGGCGGAGCCAGCGGAAGGAGAAGCCCAUGGAGGGGAACCGGGACGAGGCCGAGAAGUGCAUUGGGAUCGCGCGGGAGGCGCUGGAGGCCGGGAACCGCGACCGCGCCCUCCGCUUCCUGGGCAAGGCGCAGAAGCUCUACCCGACCGAGACGGCCCGAGGUGAAGCCCGGCCCCCUCCCCGCUCCCGCGGCCUGGCUCCGUCGGGACGAGCCUGGACCGCCCGCGGGGCCCGCAGGAGGGCGGGCGCAGGGGGGCCUCCUCCGGGGGGCUAUGCAGGCUGAGGCGAGCGGGACCCGGCCCCAAAGCCAGCCCGGGGCUGUGGCGGGGCGCGCCACUCGGCUGGGAAAGGAGGCCGGAGUGUGCGCCCAGGAGCAGCGCUCAGGGCAGUGCCUUCCCCCCCGCCAGUGCAUGACUCCGGCGUCAGGCGCUGCGGAGGAGUGGGUUCACCUCCCCCGGUGCCAGUGUGGAUCUUCCAGGGCCGACCCAGCUCCUCGCCUACAUUCCCUCUCCUCCCUACAGCCAUCAGUAAAAGCGCGGCCAUACAGACGCGGCUUAGUCCCGAUUAACAUCAGGACAUCUCAGGCCCCAGGCCGAGACAGGCUGGGUUGGCUUCUUUUCUGUCGCUGUGGAUCACCCCUCUCUAACAGCUUGCAAUGAGAGCUGCAGCUCCAGAGUGGACCGUGUGUUCAUUCUCUAAUAUACUUGUGGUUUGGGUUUUCUUGGGUUUGGUUCCCUUUUGGUUGUAUAGCAGCCACUUAGGAAUUGCACAUGAGUUUACCUUUCCUGGAGAAAAUGGAAUAUGUGGCUCCCCCCCAGACUUAAUUAGCUCUUCUGACUACUCCAUACUAAAAACUUGAAACCAUUUAGCAAAAGGUAUUUAGAAAUAAUUGUUUAAAAGGAACUGUAGUAAGGUUUCAGUGUAUGUAGAACUGUUACCUGUCUUGGAGCCUUUCUGUCACACAGUGCCGGAAGUCCGCUCAAGACACCUUUGGACACAGCAGGGACUUGUUACAUUCCUCUGGCUCUCACUGGUCUAUGCUGUGAAAGGAGUAGGAACUACUUCAGUGCCCUGUACCACUUAAAGGCCUCAGCAUUUGCCGUUUCUGAAGUGUUCUGCAUAAAUGUUGGUGCAGGGACGAGAAAUUUCUAGAGCAAUACCGAUAUAAAAGGAGGAACUGCAAAACUUUGAUUUUGUUGGAAGCUAUUAUGAAGAAUGGAAGUACUGCUGGGGGAGGCGUUUACUGCGGAAAACCAGCCAAUAGCAGUGAUCAAAGUAAGCCCAAUAGCACGAAGGAGAACAAUGCAUCUGCUGCAGGUGAAAGUGCAAAAGGCUACAACCAAGACCAAAUGGAAGGAGUAUUAAGUAUAAAGAAAUGUAAAAAUUAUUAUGAAGUCCUUGGAGUGUCAAAGGAUGCAGGCGAAGAAGACCUAAAGAAGGCUUAUAGAAAACUUGCUUUGAAAUUCCACCCAGACAAAAACCAUGCACCUGGAGCAACAGAAGCUUUUAAAAAAAUCGGAAAUGCAUAUGCUGUGCUGAGUAAUCCAGAAAAACGAAAGCAGUAUGAUCUUACAGGCAGUGAAGAGCAAACUUGCAAUCACCCUAGCAAUGGCAGAUUCAACUUCCAUAGGGGUUGUGAAGCAGAUAUUACUCCAGAGGAUCUGUUCAACAUGUUUUUUGGAGGGGCCUUUCCAACAGGUAGUGUACACUCAUUUUCUAAUGGUCGUGCUGGCUACAGCCAUCCGAAUCAGCACCGUCAGAGCGGGCACGAGAGGGAGGAAGAGAGAGGUGAUGGAGGUUUCUCUAUGGUCAUUCAGCUGAUGCCUAUUAUUGUGUUGAUCUUUGUCUCCUUGUUGAGCCAGUUGAUGGUAUCUAACCCUCCUUACGCCUUAUACCCAAGAUCAAGUACAGGGCAGACCAUAAAAAUGCAGACAGAAAAUUUGGGUGUCAUUUAUUAUGUCAAUAAGGACUUUAGAAAUGAAUACAAAGGAAUGUCAUUACAGAAAGUAGAAAAGAGUGUGGAAGAGGAUUAUGUGUCCAACGUUCGCAACAACUGUUGGAAGGAGAGGCAACAAAAAACAGACUUACUUUAUGCAGCAAAAGUAUAUAGAGAUGACCGCCUCCGAAAGAAAGCAGAGUCCAUGUCCAUGGAGAACUGCAAAGAACUAGAACGGCUGACCAGCCUCUACCGAGGAGGAUGAGCUGCAGUUACACACACAUCUUACGUAUUCUGUUAUCUCUCCUGUAAACUGACAAGAGAUGUUUCACCAUGGAUGCUGGAAAAGAGGGUGGAUGUAAAACUCUACUGUGUAGCUGUUUCCAGAAACCUUAUGCUGAAAUAUCAUUUAACAGCUUCUUUAUCUACUGUGAAAUAUAGGUAACUUUAAAUGUCUAGAUUUUACUUCAAAGCUUCUGUGAAUUCUUUCAGCAGAGAGAAUAGCUCAGAAAGGAUGCUAUACUUGUACAGACUUAGUCAUAGUGGUUCUCCUCUAACAUAUUUGCCAUGUAAAUAUCUGUGGAAAGAACACUUUGUGUAUAUACAAGUUAAAUGACUUUCUAUUUAAAAAUCUCAGAAAUUUAGUUCCAUAAUACAUUUUGUCUCACUGAUGGAAUAAAUAGUGUGAUUAUAUCACUUCUAUUCAGAUGUCGUGUGUGGAGUUGAAACAAUCAUUUUUAAUAUUUUAUCUCUAACUCUAUGUAAAAUCUUCUAGGUUUACCGCUUAGAGCAACUUGGUAUUUUUAAAUAUAAUGCCAUAUAUUCCUAAAUAUCUGUUGACAUAUAUUGAUCUGGUGUAGAGUAGCAGUGUAGCUGUUGUAGUUUUUUAGCCUUUCUAAGCAAUGCUGAGAAAAAUAAGAACUACACUAAUCUCUUUUCAAAGUAAAUAUUUGCAAAUGCUGUACAGACCAUUAUAAACAUUGCUUUUAGUACUUGCAACAGUUUACAGCAGCUCUACCAUUUGGUAUUCCAGUAGUAGUAAAUCCAUACGUAUGGUUAACAUGCAUCCAUAGCUUCCCUAAUUUUCACUGGAAAGGUAGAGGAAAACAUGCAACACUAAAAUAAAAAGGCAACCUAUUUUUUUUCCUGGCAGGCUUCCAUUUUCUUGCUACUUUUUUAUUUCAAGCUAGGUCCCAAUACUGGUUCUUCAAUGGACACCACAAGUGGAACAGGGAAAUUUUGCUAAGGACAAGCUACAUGCCUUUCAACCCUUUUGCCAAGUAUUUAAAUGCUUUGCUGCUUUGCAGUGUGCUCCUGUGGUCAGAGCCCUAUCAUUUGUCAGAAGAGGUAGGGUAUGCAUUUUUUGGGACCAGAAUGUAGCUGGGCUGACUUCCUAGAAAGGAGCAAGCCUACUGUUUGGCUCCUACACAGAACAUUAUGUAACUCAGUGGCCUGGAAAUGGAAACUAUAUGUAGCCACGCCUGCUGAUGCAAAGAAGUGUCCUGAAGCAGCUAAGUACAAUGUACUUAAAGUUUAUCAAAGCGUGUUGAAAAUAUUUUUAGGUUCAGUAGCUGAUGUUUUUUACAUUUUAACAGUGUUAUGCAGGGGAAUAUUUCUUGUAUUUGAGAAUGCAAGACAGCUUGUAUUAUGGGCAAUAUAUUUUGUUUGAGAAAACUGCUCUUUGAACAAUGCUGUCAGUUCAUGUGGAGCCAAAUAUUUCUCCUAAAUUGAAAAAUUAAAUACUUUGUCUGACUUCAUUGCAAUUCCUUCUGAUCUAGAGCAGGAUAUGACUUUACAAACACUAAAUGCUAUUGCUCCAAGUGACCCAGAAAACAUUUUGCAUAUAUCCCUUUUCUAAACUGUCCCAGUGGAAAUGUCUUCUCUUGAAUUGGUAUAACAUGAGACUGGCUGCAGGCUUUUAACUAAGCAGCUAAACCAGCCUUCAAGGUGGACAUAAAAGCCUGGGGCACAAAACAGAAUUAGAAGUUUCUGAAAUAACAACAACAAAAAAAGGGUUGCUGUACUGAAUGUCCUUGCUAAGACUAUAGUAAAAGGGUUCAGAUGUAAUAGAAAGGCAUCCAGUUGUUUGAAAUAUGCAAUCAAAUCUAUGGAGAAAACAAGAUUCCCCAGAUUUUGUAACUGUCCAGAAUGUAUUGUGAUUAUAUUAAUGAAAACAAUCUAUUGAAGUACAUCCUGGUACUCCUGUGUCUUCUUAAAGGAAGAAAAUUGUUCCAAAAGCUUUAAAAAGUACUUGGGCCUUCCUGUUUACAAAUGAGUCUGAGCUUGCAAGUGAUCUUUUAGUUAACAGGAAGAAGGAUAUAUAACACAUUUAUCAAAUAUUGGAACUGUGAAGUCAGAGUGAACAGAUGGUCUUAGCAAAGCUGCCUACAAUAAUCCUAUGGGCUGUGUCUGCCCUGCAGCCACUUCUGUUGCAGGUGAGAAGUGGGGAAAUGGAUGGAUGCUGAGCUGUGUCAGCUUGGUUCAAUUGCUAUCAGUUCCUCUGUAAACUGGAAUAAUGUGGUGGCUGUGCCCUAUGGCAACACAGACAUCCCAGAAGGUUAAAACUGAGACCUAGACUGCAGCAUUUCAUUUGACUACCUAUUGCAAUUGGCACUUUCUGAGAAGGAAAUAAUAUGUUUAUAUUGGUGGAAGAAUGCUGCUUAGCAUUUAACAGAUGAAAUAGUUGCACACUUUGAAAUAUGUAGUAAUGUGCAAAAGGAUGCUGUGAUUUCCUGUGGCAUAAAGAUAAGACUGCUCUAAAUAUGGCCUGCAAACAUUCUUUUAAUAUUUCAAGUGGGUGUUUUUCUCCUCAUGAUUGUUGCUUUUUUCCUCAAGUCUGAAGUUUUUUUUUUCUUCAGAAAUGUCAAUAUCUUCCCUGGAUUUGUUGAGGGAAUCUGCUGGAAAGUUCAGAAUUCAUUUUCUCAUGAGCAAAAUGCAAAUUGAAGAGGGUGGAGUACUUAAAUCUUUUCAGAUGACCUUUAUUCAGAAGGCAAAGUUCUCAUUAAAAUAAGAUGUUAAAAAGAAAAGGGGAAAACAAAACUAGUUUUGAACAGCCUGACUAAAAAUCCCUCAACAUUUUAGCUGCCUGCUCCUUACUGUUUUUAUUUAGUCAUUACCUUUCAUUUAAUCUAGAAUUAAGGAUACCACGAGCAUGAGUUCUUUGUUUUAUCCUUUAAAAGGGCAGGCAGAAAAGCCCUGCAAAAAGAGAAAAAUCUCGGCAUGACUGACAUAGCCUAAAGAAAAAAGGAGAUGAUUUGCAUCUGCUGAAAUAUAUCAUCAGUAUGUGUUCUAUUUAUGGAGCAUCCUGAGUCACAAGUAAGUUCAGUGUUCACAUCUGAUGAACAUUUCCCUACAAGUUCUCUGUUUGGGUAAAACAAGUGUAAAUUGGAAUUUUUUACCUUUUUUUAAAUGGUCUUUUUUCUUUUACAAGUUUCCAAGAAAUGGUAGAACAUUACAGCACUAAAAAUGUAACAGAUGCAUUUAAAUACACAGCAGAGACAACUUUAAAUUAUAAAUAUCUUUAAUACAAUUUUGUAACAAAUGCUGUAAAAGGAUUAAAAUGGGAGGGCAAGAAUAUUUUUCAAGUUUGUUUAUAAAUUUCAUUCACCCUUAAGCAGUUGUUAUUCUGACUUCUUGUAGCUCUGUCAAAGAGAAGUGUAAUAGUAAAAGCAUUUUGUUUUUAAAAAAGCAGAUAAUAUUGAAUAAAUUUCUGAAGCUAUAACUUCCUUACAUGUAAUAAAUAUAGGAAAGAAAUAGGCUA